GAAAGGCAUAAUACGUCAUCUGAACGCGUCGGCUGUCGGGGGUAAAAUCAAGAUGGCGUCAGCAUCGUCAGAAGCUGCGGAGAAUCCCGACACUGAAUUGGAGGAGUUGCUGGACAGUGCACUGGAUGACUUUGACAAGACUAACAAUGCCCCACCACCGCCCCAAAGCACCACGGCCCCAACCAGCUCGGCAAGCGAGAAGCCACCGCUGCUGGAGGACAGCAAGUUCUUCGAGUCGCUGUUCGAGGGGGAGAUGUGUGACCAGGCCAGGGAGGAGUGGGAGAGGGCCAUGUCUGAGCUGGCACAGGAGGAGCCUGAGCUCCUGCAGCACUUCCACAAGCUGUCGGAGGCGGCGGGGAAAGUCGGAACUGAUGUGGCUUCCCAGCAAGAAUUCACUUCCUGUUUGAAAGACACUCUCAGUGGAUUGGCAAAAAAUGCUGACAACCUGCAGAGCUCAGGAUUGGCUGGUGAGGACCUGGCCAAGACCCUGGAAGGGCUGGGAUUGGAGGAGAACGGGGAAGGGGGUGGGGAUGAUGGAAACAUCCUCCCCUUAAUGCAAUCCAUUAUGCAGAACCUUCUGUCUAAAGAAGUGCUUUACCCUUCACUCAAAGAGAUUACUGAAAAGUACCCUGAUUGGCUGAGCUGCAAUCGUCAGUCCCUCCCCCCUGACCAGUACCAUCGCUACGAGCAACAGCAUAAGAUCAUGGGAGAGAUCUGCGGCCAUUUUGAGAGGGAGGGAGAGGCGGGACGAGACGGAGGAGAGAAGAGCUUCGACAGCAUCCUGGAGCUCAUGCAGCAGCUGCAGGAUUUGGGACAGCCCCCAAAAGAGUUGGCAGGAGAAGCGCCUCCUGGCAUGAACUUUGACCUCGAGUCACUGAAUCUCCCAGGACCCCCUGGGGCAGGGGCAGCGGAGCAGUGCCUAAUCAUGUGAUUCCUGAAGUCUGGUGAGACACGCUCCGGCUGGAGACAGGGAGACGUCAUCACGGGCCUGCGAUGAAACCCUGCUCUUAACCCCCCCCCCCCCAGCGAGGUUGCCGGGACAACGGCAUUGGAUUUUCGCCGAGAAACAUGCAGGACGUCUCAAAGCUUCAUCAUCAGUUUAUGUUAAAUUAUACUGUUUAUAUACAACAGCAGAUUUUUUGACAUGAUUUACAAAGUCAGCCACAGUGUUUAAGGGGGUGUUUGGGAGUGGUGGACAAAGUACACAAAAUCCUGCGCUUGAGUGAAUGUAGAAGUACUCUAUGUGUAAUUUUCUACUUGAGUAAAAGUACUAAAAAACUACUCUCUUUUAAAUGUACUUAAGUAUCAAAAGUAAAAGUAUGGUGUUUUAAUAAAUGCCUUUAAACACUUAAGUGCAUUUGUACCUUUACUCUAGUAGCAAUACAUAUAGAGUACUUCUACAUUUACUCAAGUAAAACUUUACCAAGGGUAUUUCUACUUUCAAUACAACAUUUUCAUACUUUGUCCACCACUGGUGUCUUGGGGGGUUGUUCGGGAGGAGGGCCAGUUGCUCUUUGUCGCUUGGUGAAACUUUUGAUGGUGCAAUCGUCGCUCCUGUAGAUGUGUGUGAGUGAGAGCUUGAGUGUAUAGAUGUAGAGAGAGAGGCUGUGGUACAGUACGUACGUGUGUGUGUGUGUGUGUGUGUGUGUGAGAGUGAGAGUGAGAGUGUGAGUGAGUGUUGCACAUGUACACAGGUGAUGUGGGGUGUUUGCUUCCAUUAUUUGCUCAUAUUUCUGGUUUUUAAAAUAAAAUAACUUUCGACUAAUACACUGAACCGCCCUUCAGUGCUGAAUCUGAACAUAGGCUCUGUACAUAUUAAAUAUAAUAUUAAAUCUGUUGAAAUAAAAUGGCUUAACACUA